CCUGACUCCGCCCCCAACAGGAGGGAAACAAGCGAGCGUGCGCGCUUCCGGGGCUCUCCUGGGAAGAGUAGUUCUCCUGGGUCCGCUGCUUGGGCUUCUGGGAGAUGUAGUUUCUGAUUUGUAGGCUGGACGGAUACAGCGGGGGAGGCCCCUUACGCAAACUACAAUUCCCAGCGGGGACUGCGGUGAAGGGGGGGGUGGGAUCUGAACAUGGCGGCGGUGGUAGCUGCUACGGCGCUGAAGGGCCGGGGGGCGAGAAAUGCCCGCGUCCUCCGGGGGAUUCUGUCAGGAGCCGCUGCUAACAAGGCUUCGCAGAACAGGAGCCGGGCACUGCAAAGCCACAGCUCCCCAGAGUGCAAGGAGGAGCCUGAGCCCCUCUCCCCUGAACUGGAAUACAUCCCCAGAAAGAGGGGCAAGAACCCCAUGAAAGCUGUGGGACUAGCCUGGGCCAUCGGCUUCCCCUGUGGUAUCCUCCUCUUCAUCCUCACCAAGCGGGAAGUGGACAAGGACCGUUUGAAGCAGAUGAAGGCUCGGCAGAACAUGCGGGCAUCCAACACGGGCGAGUAUGAGAGCCAGAGGUUCAGGGCCUCCUCCCGUCAUGCACCAUCUCCUGAAGCUGGGUCGGGGGUGCAGUCAUGAGGAGCACUGAAACCCUCCCCUAAACUCUAUUGACUGUGGCCUCCAGACUCUCCAGUCCUUUCUGGUCCUUGCCUCUGAGGCCCACCAGAGGGCGCAUGAAGCCCAGGCUCCUGCCAACCCCAUUCCUCCUGAAAAACCAGCCAAAGGCGAAUAAAGUUACUGUCUGAGUGGAAAGGAACCAGGACCGGGUUUGUGAGUCCCCUGGGAUGGGAGGGGUACUGGGUGGGGUUGGUUACUCCUCUGUACUCCCUCUCACAGAAGCCUCAGUGUUCUAGGCUGAAUAGUUGGUGAAACCACAGAGACUUAAGUACAAGCCUAGGCUCAGGCCCUGGGGAGUGAGCCCUGAGCUGCUGGCCAGGAGGGUGGGGUUCCACUCAGCCUAAACAAAUAAUAAAGAGAAUCAAAGGGU